UUUGUCCGAAUGUUUUAAAAACCCAAAUAGUUUGGUGUUUAGGGUUUUGUGAUUUCUUCUGCUCGCAUUUCGGCAAACCCUCUCUGCAUCACCAUGACUGCUCAAACACAAGAAGAACUCCUCGCAUCCCAUCUCGAACAACARAAGAUUGAUCAUGAUGAACCACUGGUUGAAGACGAAGAUGACGAUGAUGAAGAUGAUGAUGAAGAUGAUGCCGAAGGCCAAGGAGAUGCCAGCGGUAGGUCUAGGCAAAGCAGAAGCGAGAAAAAAAGCCGGAAGGCCAUGUUAAAGCUCGGGAUGAAGCCCAUUCCUGGAGUCAGUCGUGUUACCGUCAAAAAGAGCAAGAAUAUUCUGUUUGUGAUCUCAAAACCGGAUGUUUUCAAGUCGCCUGCUUCAGACACAUAYGUGAUAUUUGGUGAAGCGAAGAUCGAGGACCUGAGCUCACAGUUGCAGAGCCAAGCAGCCGAGCAAUUCAAAGCCCCUUCGAACCUUAGUAACGUGGUAUCAAAGCCUGAGGCUGAGUUGAGAGUGGUGGAUGAUGAAGAAGAMGACAUUGACGAGAAUGGGGUCGAGCCCAAAGAUAUCGAGCUCGUGAUGACACAAGCCGGGGUUUCCAGAUCAAAGGCAGUUAAGGCUCUCAAGGCUGCAGAUGGAGACAUAGUAUCUGCAAUUAUGGAACUCACAAACUAGAACCUCUCCAAUUCUAUAUUCCUGUAUGUUUAUGAUGUUUUUUAUGCAUCCAAAAACAACUUUAUGAGGAUUUAUAAAGAAAAUGGUUUGUUUUACUU